AUGGAUAGAGUGCGGCAAUGCGCUCCCUCUUCUUGUGGCUUCUUCGAGCAGCUCGUUCGAUCUUGUGGCGAAGCGUGUGAUCUGGGAGCUGCGAGACAAGUUCACGCGCGGAUCAUCGCCGAGAGCGAUGCUCCGAGGACUUACCUGGCCAAUCGGCUGGUGGAGAUGUAUGGAAAAUGCGGCAGCGUCGUCGACGCGUGUGCGACGUUUGCUAGCAUCUCGCCCCGCAACGGCUACUCGUGGUCGAUCCUCCAUGCAGCUUAUGCCCAAAACGGGAAUCUUGAAGAAGCGAGCGUGGUGUUUGAUCUGAUGCCCGCGAGGCACUUGGUUUCGUGGAACACAAUGAUCACAGCGCAUGCACGGAUCGCGCAUGUUGGCCACGCAAAAUAUCUGUUUGAUAGGCUCCCGGAGAGAAGCGUCGUGUCGUGGACGUCGCUCAUGACAGCAUAUGCCGAGUCUGGGGAUUUGGAGAUCGCUAGACAGAUUUUCUCCGAGAUGCCCGAGAGGACCGUCAUCUCGUGGAACGCGCUGCUGGCGGCCCUUGCAGAUGCCGGGGAUCUUUCCGACGCGAGGAAGGUUUUUGAGAAGACUCCAAUGCACACGGUUGUGUCGUGGUCGACUUUCAUGGCGGCGCAUUCCCAGUCGGGGCAUAUCGAGCACGUAGAGAAUCUCUUUUUCGUGAUGCCUCAGCGCGAUCUUGUUUCGUGGUCGGUUAUGGUCGCCACCUUUUGCAACAGUAGAAGUUCAAGCAACGCGCACCGAGUGUUUGCACGGAUGCCGCGAUGGAACCAUAUUGCGUGGAACAGCAUGGUUUUGGCGUAUGCCUCGAGCGGGCAUUUGGAAAAGUCUAGAGCGCUCUUCGAUUCAAUGCCGGAGAAGAGCUCUUGCGCGUGGAACACGAUCAUUUCCGCGUGCUCCCUCUUGGGGGACUUGUCCCAGGCCAAAGAUCUCUUCGACAAGAUGUGUCCCCGCAACAAGAUGGCAUGGAACACUCUUGUCGCUGCCAAUUCCGACAAGGGCUGUCUCGACGAGGCAAAGGCCGUGCUCUCCAAAAUGCCAUUCCAUGACGUCGUGUCGUGGAACACGGUGGUGACGGCGUUUGCCAAAUCCGGGAGCUUCCAAGCAGCGCUCGAAGCCUUCCACUCCACGCCCGAGCUCGACCCGGUGUCCUGGAACGCGAUCUUACUGGCCUUCACUGUCUCCGGUGACGCGCUCGCUGCGAGAGAGAUCUUCGAGCUCAUGCCCCGGAGGAACUCCAUGGCGUGGUCGAUGAUGAUCCAGACGUACGCUCACUGCGGGAACAUCCACGAAGCGUGGGCGAUCUUUGCGAGAAAUCCCGAGCACACGACGGUGACUUGGAACUGUAUGAUCGCGGGCUUGACCUCCGGCAGGAGCUUUCGCAAUGCGCUCCAUUUCUUCCACCAGAUGCUCAACGAAGGCUGGCCGCCGGACGAGCAGACGUUCUCGCACGUCCUCGCUUCGUGCAGCCAGAGCGGGAGCUUGAGCCUGUGCAAGCACUACUCGUGGUGCAUGGUAGCGGACUUCGGCGUGGCGUUUACCCUCGAACACUUUCGCUGCGUUGUGGAUAUGUUUGGGAGAGCCGGGCAGCUUGGCAAGGCCGAGGAGCUCGUCAACUCCAUGCCUUACGUGCCCGACUGUGUGUCAUGGAAGACGCUGCUGGGGGCGUGUAGAACACACUCGGACUCGGAGCGAGCUCGGAGUGCGAGUGAAUUUUUGCUCGAGGGGGCCGCUGCUCCAGAGAGCGAUUCCACUCCCUACAUUCUCUUAUCCAACAUUGCCCGAUCCACUGGAGGAAAUCUCACACGGAGGUGA